UCAAAUGGCAGGUUAUAAAUCCUCGAAGCUCUGGACGCUUCCAUGUCAAUGUUUCAGUUAUCGGGCAGUGAUCGGAGAUUGAAUCCCCGGCGAAUGAAAGGCCGGAGAGACCGAUAACUUUGUGUUUUCCGGCAACGAAUGAAGAGGCGAGAAAGAAAGCGUAACGGUGGCCGAUUAAUCUCGCCGGACAAGAUGUCGAAGAAAAGAUCGGAAAAGAGAUUGAUGAAAUACGACGAGUUACCCGAGUAUCUGAAAGAUAACGAGUUCAUUUUAGAUUAUUACAGGUGCGAAUGGCCCUUAAAGGAUGUUAUCGGUAGCAUUUUCGCUUGGCACAAUGAAACCCUUAAUAUCUGGACGCAUUUGGUAGGUUUCUUCAUGUUUUUGUCAUUGGCAGUUUGGAGCAUCAUGAACCAACAUAAGGUGGAAUCAAUGGUGGCCAGCUUUUAUUCAAGAACUCACGGCGUUCAAGAACCGAUGACAACGUUGAUGACGAAAGCUAACGGCUCCGUUGUUUCUCUGUUAACGCCGGAAUCCAUGGUAGGAUCAGACAUUCUUAAACCAUCAAUUGUUCUAAUCCACAACUCAAUCCCAAUAUGGCCAUGGUUCGUUUUCUUAACCGGAGCAAUGGGCUGCUUAAUCUGCAGCUCCAUCUCCCACCUCUUUGCCUGUCACUCGAAAACCUUCAACCUCUUUUUCUGGCGUCUGGACUACGCCGGAAUCUCCCUCAUGAUCGUCUCAUCCUUCUUCGCCCCGAUCUUCUACGCCUUUAACUGCCACCCGUUCUCCCGCCUCUUCUACCUCUCCGCCAUUUCCACCCUCGGCCUUCUUGCCAUCGCCACCCUCCUCUCUCCAGCACUGUCCGCUCCUCGCUACCGCUCCUUCAGGGCCACUAUUUUUCUCGCCAUGGGGUUCUCCGGUGUCAUUCCAGCAACACACGCGGUCUACCUCCAUAGGGCAGACCCGAAGAUACUUAUCGCGCUUGUGUAUGAGGUUGCUAUGGCGGUUUUUUACUCCGUUGGAGCAAUGUUCUAUGUUAAGCGGAUACCCGAGAGAUGGAAGCCAGGUGCUUUCGAUAUCGCGGGACAUAGUCAUCAGAUUUUUCAUGUUUUUGUUGUGGGUGGUGGUCUUGCUCACGCCGCUGCAACACUUGUGAUCAUGAACUUGCGACAAAGCUCGCCCUCUCUAUGUGUUGACGGCGCAACUUGGAUGUGAUACGCGUAAAUAUAUAUAUAUAAUCCGCCACUGUGAUAUUCGGGACGAUAUUUGGUACGGACAUGAAUGAUUUGUAAGUGUUUUGUUUCCAACUUUUGGAAAUGUGUUUGUGCGGUAGAAAUGAGAGUUUAGGAAAUACUUACUGAUUUUGAUGAAAUCAGUAUAAUUAUGUUGUACCAAUGUUGUAUGUCAUACUGUUUAUUAACGUGCUAGAAUUUCGUUGAAAA